GUUGUGGUUCACCUUGAAACUAUUCUGGGAGCCUCAGUUCAACAUGUUAAACUGGAGAAAAUGAAGUACUCUUUUCAGUUGUGGAUCACAAUGAUGUCAGCAAAGGGACAUGAUGGGAAGGAGCCUGUGAAAUUUGUGGAUUUGCUUGGUGACCAUGGGAAACAUGUCAAUCCUCUGUGGGAGUUGAUCAAAUGGUGCCUGGGUGUGUCAGUGUACACCAUCCCUUCCAUUGGGCUGGCUUUGUUUGAAGAAAAGCUCAAAUAUAACAAUGAGAAAUACCAAAAGUUUAAGGCAGUGGAAGAAAGCCUGCGUAAAGAGCUGGUGGAGAUGUUAGGUGAUGAUGGUGUAUUCUUAUAUCCCUCACAUCCUACAGUGGCACCUAAGCAUCAUGUCCCUCUAACACGGCCUUUCAACUUUGCUUACACAG